UCAAGACAAGCUAUAGUUAACUGGUCUUCGGAACUCUCGCUCUGAUCAUUGCAGUCUAUAUUCCUUUCAGCAGUUUAUUUUCGUAGCUUGAAGUCUCGUGAACGUGUCCCAUUUUUACAAAAAAUUCCAAAUUUCAUGUUCAGUGUUUUGUCAGAAGACGUUGGGUUGUGGAUUUCUGACGUUUUGCGAGUGAUUAAAUUUCGAAUAAAGACGCACAAGUAAAACAUUUCAUUUUCAUCAAAAGAUCGCAACCUUGAUUUCAUAAUGGCAAAUUAUGCGAGUGCCAAAAUCGAAAGAACAGAUUUCCGUUUCAAAGUGGAAAGCGUGAGCAAACUGAAUGCAAUCGUUUCACCCGAAAUCAUCGUACAAGGAACUCCAUGGAAAGUUCGAGUUUCUAAGGAGCACGUUGAUGGAGAACCAUCGCUUGGUGUUUACCUGCAUUGCGCCAAAAAGAAAGACAAGAAUUCUGGUUGGACACAUACAGCAUUCCUAACAUUCAAGCUUAUGUCAUCCAAUGCACAUGUUCCAGCAGUUGAAGGAACUUCAGUGCCAUAUAUAUUCGAUUAUGAUGAUAGUGGACGUGGUACACCAUGCCUAAUCAAAUGGGAUAAGUUGAUGGACGCUGGGAACGGUUAUGUGAAUGAUGAUGCAAUUGUGAUAAAUUUUCUGAUUGUGGCAGCUGACCGAAAUAAAGUAAGCGAGACCAAUUUAACAUGUACCAAUGUCAGCAAGUGCUGUAAUGAACACUGUUGGUCAACAUUUCGAUUAAACAUUGGAGUCAUCGAUCAGCUGUUGGCCAUUCAAUCACCAGUGGUCAAAAUUCGUAAUCUACCUUUCCGAUUCACUGUCUAUCAGGACAAUGGGAAAUGUCUCGGAUUGUUUAUGCAUUCCAAAUGGGAUACCAACAUUUCUUGUGAAAUUCAAGCGAUAGUCAAAGUUAUCUCGACAAAUCCAAGGAAAAAUGUCGAACAUACUCGGACCUAUAACUUCCAAUUACCCGGCUCAUCGCUUCUUAUUCAAUAUCUCAUAUCAUGGGACGAAUUGCUGAUGCCACAAAAUGGAUACGUCAACAAUAAUGAUGUCGUCAUCGAAGUUGACAUCAAAGCCUCACAACCGCACAGUACCCACCCAAGUUUAGCGAGAAAUUCAAAGUAUGGCGUCAAGCGUGUAAAAAUGCAAUGUGCGAUCUGCUUGGCAAUUAUCGAUGAACAUCAAGUCUCGUCUAUUCCGUGCGGCCACAUAUUUUGUACGUUUUGUAUCACCAAAUACAUCGAAACACGAAGAAACUGUCCGAAAUGUGGUAAGCCGGCCAAGUUAGAAGAUGUGCGGCUCGCUAUUUUACCCAUCAUCGAGUGGGACUAAGGUAACGAGAACCACCUGAAUCAAUUACAGACGGAAUUCUCUUAGGAUACGCAGAAAAACAAUACGUCGAUCGAAUCUACGGAUUCACCGCUCGUUGCUCCAUCAGAUGUAAAAAUUAAUUGUCGGUUCCUGUGUGCUUCGGUUACAUUCAAUUUUGUUUUCAAUAAAUUGUAAGAAAAUUCUACUUCAAUUGUGACCACUGUU